AUGGCCGGUCUGCGAAUGCGCCUCACAGCCUCAUCGCCCUCGCUCUUUUUCAUUAUCCGACCACGUUGUUUUCGAGCAUCUCCGCUGCACCAUCGACUGACUCACACGAUGGCAGCACACAGUCAAGCAAUUGAAGAGCAGACCCUCCCAUUCUAUCAUCGAAAAUAUUAUUACCCGGUCAAAAUUAACCAGGUUUUCAAUGAUCGGUAUCGGAUAAUUGCGAAGCUUGGCUAUGGCGCCUACUCCACCGUUUGGCUUGCGUGGGAUGAGGGGUCUUAUACCGCUAAAGUUGUUUUGAUAUUGGCGUCUGUUGCUGACUUGAAAUUUAGGGCGAAUAAAUAUGCCUCGCUGAGAGUCUCUGUGCAGAUUAACAAUGAUAAUGCCGAGCCCUUUUCCAUUCGCAACGAAAUCAACAUGCUCCAGCAUUUGAAGCAGUUCGCUGAUAAGGAUCAUCCUGGACUUAACUUUACAAGGCUUGCGCGCCAUAUAUUCGAAACAGAAAGUCUCUCUGGUCGCCAUUACUGCAUUGCAUAUAAGCCUCAAGGCAACAGUGUCCGCACAUUACAGGAAACAUUUCCAAAUGCAAUGAUCCCUAAACCUUUAAAUGUCUUUAUGGAAAUUAAUGACGACACUAGCCUUCAAGAUAUUGAAGACCAGGAAUCCCAGGAUCCAAGUUUACCGAUAACAUCCACAAUUAACGGAACUAUGCAGGCAAUUGUCUACAAAUCUAGACCUACAAUGGUAGAACUCUCCGGCCACCCUAUUCUUACGGGCUAUGGUCAAAUGCGACUGGUCGAAGGACGCACCCUCGAACUUUUGAAAGGAAAAAACCUCUUCGAUCCGAUUGACCGUGUUCAUGGUCAAUAUGUACUUACAUUGGCCAUAGCACAAUACAUCGGAUAUCUUGGCCCCCCCUCCACUGAAUAUUAUUCAGAAGAGCCCCCUUUUCUCAACCUACUUUGA